AUGGAGGCAUACAAGAAAGUUAUGAUGGUUGGGAUGUUAAUGGCCAUUGUGAUGAUUGGAUCAACGCCCAUGUUGGCCAAUGGGCAGUACAGCUCAUUUUGCCAUAUGCCCAUAGAAGGGUUGAAGGCAUGCUUGCCUUGUGUGAGUGGUGACAAUCCUAUUGAUCCUCCAACUUCUGCUUGUUGUUCAGGUAUUGCUAAGGCUGAUCUUCAAUGCUUCUGUCAUUACAAGGAUUCAGGCUUGCUCUCUAUCUAUGGUGUUGAUCCCACCAAAGCCAUGGAUCUACCUGUUAAGUGCAAGAUUGUGGACUCUUUCCACUGCCAGAAACACUAG